UGUUGGUCCUGCACAGGAGGUGAAUUUAGUCAAACUUCUCAGCGACCGUCGCAGGCUGCUCCCCGGCGUUCGCCACAGGAGAGUCCCCCCCUCAGGAUUUAUCCGUGGUCUCGUACAAGAAAGGCAAUUCUGACUAUUUCUGGUGCUCUUGAGUGGGCUGGAGGUGGAAAUAUUAUUUUUCCACCAUGAAUCAUGCCUGGGAGAAGAGCGUUUUUGAGGGUCACGUCGACGGUCUCAAGAAUGAGCAAAGUACAAUGUCUGGCAAAGCACACAUGGAUCUUUCAGGAGCAAAGGCUCGUUGUGAAAACAUGCAGAGUGCUGGUUCAUUGGAUCAUCCCGAAAAGCGGCCCCUCCCUGUCGGCAGCCAGCUGAGUGGGGGCGGCCAGCACCCCUUGGUCCUGACCCCAGCCGGCCUGCAGCUAGCCCAGCUCCAGGCCCAGCUCACCCUCCACCGGCUCAAGCUGGCCCAGACGGCUGCCAGCGGCAACACGGCCGCAGCCGCCAGCGUCUUAAACCAGGUGCUUUCAAAUGUGGCUAUGUCCCAGCCCUUCUUCAAUCAGCUGAGGGCCCCCACUUUGAUCAGCACCGCUCAUGGCCAGGCUGGUGGGGCCCAGCUGGGUCCAGGGUUCCCCACUAGUGCGCUGGCCUUUCCUCCACCGAGCUCUGCCCUGGGGCCUCUAGUCGGAGGGGGUUUCGGCUCUGGCGGGGGCUCCCACAGUCCAAAUCCUGGUGGGAUGAGGCUUAACUGCUAUGGAAGUGGCUUGCCCCAACCGCCAGGUCAGCAGGCUUCAGAGUAUGGAAAGAAGGCUGGCAGCACGUUCCCCUCCUCGUGCCAGGGCAGCAGUGAUGGGGCUCGUGCGCCCGUCGUCGCCCAGGUCGACGGAGUGCACCGGGGCGGGUUCCAGAGGGACCUUUUCGGGUUGGAUGGACAGGGACAGCCAUCUGCGUUUGCCGGAGAGCAGAAAUCCAGCGCGUUCCCGUCGGGCGGACACAAGGACCAGCAGUGGCAGGGCUUCUCUCAAGCAGGGCAGCUGGAUAUGACCCCCAACACGGCCACCGCAUGGGCACCCGGGCGCCAGCCACCGUUCCACAUAAGAGCCGAGCUGUACAACCCCGAAGAGCCGACCGCAGACCCCAAGUUCAACUCUACCAGCGGGGCCACUGGUGCCCAGGGGUUUGAGGGAUAUCAGCAACUCCAGCCAGGGGACGACUCUUUCUCUAGAGGCCCAGUGCCCCUGCAGCCCCACCAGCUCAACGACUUCCACGCCGUGACCCCCGCACUCCUGCCACACCAGUGCACCAUCUGUGACAAGAAGGUCUACAACCUCAAGGACUGGGAUCACCAUGUGAAGGGGAAACUGCACCUGCAGAACUGUAUGCUUUACACCGAGGGCAUCUCUGCUGGAUCAGCUAACUUCCCAGAGCCUUCUCAAGGAUGUCUGAACACCUCACUAAAUAACUCUGUGGCUUCCACUGCUAAUCAAGACAUAUCCACUGGGAACACCUCUCCUUAUUUGCAUGCUGCUCCAAUGAUGACACACCCCUUGACAGGGAUGGGAUUUACAUUGCCUUUAAGUGGGUUAAAGUUCCCGCUGAGGAAGUCAGGUCCAGGGCGAGUUGUCCACAUCUGCAAUCUCCCAGAGGGCAGCUGCACAGAGAAUGAUGUCAUCAAUCUGGGGCUUCCAUUUGGAAAAGUCACCAAUUAUAUUCUCAUGCGCUCCACACAUCAGGCCUUUUUGGAAAUGGCUUUUGUUGAGGCUGCCCAGGCGAUGGUGAAAUACUAUCAGCUUAAUCCAGCCACAAUAAAUGAACAGAAGCUUCUGAUCCGGAUGUCAAAGCGAUACAAGGAGCUACAGCUGAAGAAACCAGGGAAGGACGUGGAAUCAAUCAUCCAAGAUAUUAAUUCACAGAGGGAAAGGCAUGAGAAACAGGAGAGUGAGUGCUACCCUCCGGAGCGAGUGAGGUCUCGCAGCCCCGUCAGCCGAUCUCUCAGCCCCCGUUCCCACAGUCCCAGCUUCACCUCCUGCAGCUCCGCACACAGCCCCCCUGGGCCCAACAGGAAUGACCGGAGUAAUGGCCUGGGGCCUCGAAACCCGUCCUGGGACUGGUCCUCGCAGGUGUGGCAGGAUGAGAGGGACGAAGCCUGCUGGAGGAAUGGGGACGAGGACCAGCCGAACGGCCGGCCGCCCGAGUGGAGGAAGGCCUACUUCAAGAUGGCGGACAGGGUGAGCCAGCGGACAGUGGAGGACAAGGCAGAGGGCCAGAGGGGGGGCAAGGACAGGUAUACCAGGAGCAGCCCCCAGGCCCCGCCCUUCCUGCCGUACAGAUCCAACGAGGAGGACUAUUACCGGCCGGAGCCCACGUACAAGCCAGAAAGACACCCGAGGCCGGCCUAUCAGCGGCACGAGGUGAAGGCGAAGAGGAGGGACACUCCGGAGAGCCACAGAUCGCGACACUCCGAGUCGCCGGAGGACCCCAAGACUGCUAAGGACAGGAACCAGACCUCCCCGAACAGUAUGAAGAGCAAGACACCAAGCAGGAAAGAGGAAGUUGAGAAAGUGGGAGAGGAAGUUGAAGAAAAGCAAAAGGACAAGUCACAAUCCCUUAUGAGUUCCUGUGAAAAUGUGGAGCUUGCAGGAGGCAAAGACAGAGAGGCAAAAGACUGGGACAGUGGGGAGGAGACAGAGGGGGAGAUCUGGUAUCCUGGCAACAUGGAGGAGCUAGUGACGGUGGAUGAGGUGGGUGAGGAGGAGGAGGAGGACUCCAUCAUUGAGCCUGACCUCCCUGCCGAGCAACAGGAAGAGCCUGGGGAGGCCUCCCAGACGAAAGCCAGCCAGGACCCAAAAAAGGACAGCGUCCGGGAUGAGGAAACCGUUGGGGAGGGGAACGGCGUUGUCCUGCCCGGUCUGCAGAAAAGGGCUGACGACAUGUCAUGCAACGCCAGCACCGAGGACCUGGCAAGCGUUGAGUGGCAGCCUGGCUCUGACCUCAGCGCCUUUCCCAUCCCCGCGUUCCAGGCCAUCUUGGACGAGAAGUGCGCCUCUGUCACCACGGACGCACCCGUCGGCCAGCUGCCGCAGGAGGCCCUCGCCAAUCACAGGGAUGCGUGUGGGGGCAGAAAGCCUCCGGACGGUCUGGCUGGCCACGAGACAGGAAGUCUCUCGCUAACCGCCAAUGAGGCCCAAAACAAGGAUGAACAUCCUGGUGAAAGAAAAGAUGUUUACAGUACUUCAUUUAGACAGUCUGCCAGACAGCUAGGUGCUGAAGCGAUAACAGCCCACUCAACAACUUGGGAACAGGAGGUCUUCAAUGAGCACAGCAUCCCACUGGGAGUGGAGUUCAUCGUGCCUAGGAGUGGCUUUUACUGCAAGCUGUGUGGUUUAUUCUAUGCAAGUGAGGAGAAGGCCAAGACCACCCACUGUAGGAGUCCGGUGCACUACAGGAACUUGCAGAAGUAUCUGAAUCACCUAGCCGAGGAGAGGAUUCACAAGCAGAGCAAGCUCCCUGGACCGGCUUCUACAGAGUAGCCAGGGUCCGGCCCUUUCGCCUGUCUGCAACUCCAGAGGACCCACAACUGGCCCCAAAGUAGAGGCAUUUCGCCCAAAUGUAUCCACAGGAAGUAGUGUGGACUUUGGACGAUUCAGCAGGAUCAUGCACUGAAUCUUUAAUUAAAUUAAAGUAGAUAUUUUUUUAACAAAGAAAUCUAUGCCAUUCAUAUGAAGACCAGAAAUAUCGUUUAAACAAUUAAAUAAAUAAAUUAUCGUAUUUUACUGGGUUAAUAUUACCUCACAAUGGUUUCAUAUUAUGUAACUGAAAGGUACGUGUCUAACAUAAUGUAUGUUACAGGUGAUUAAACCCUCUGAAAGUUACUACCAAUGUGGAUAUUAAUAGAUUGUCAUACUUGCUGCAAAGUCUAAGAAGAAACAAGAGGUGAACAGCAUAUACAAGUACCAAAGUUAUGUAUGAUUUUUUUUUCAUGUAUUUUCAGAUGACGAGGAAUUUAUUUAUUAAUAUCUGUGUUACAUGUUGAAUUCUUUUGAAUUUUAGAAGCAGCUGAAAACCAUUAUUAUCAUUAUUAUUAAUCACACCCAGCCAUGUCAUAUUAGUAGCAACACAAAUUUGUUUUUAAAAACGGGAUUUCUGAGACUAUACUAUUUGCUCCUGUUCAGUUUGAUUUUUUAGAGUCACUUUGUUACUUCCACAGCAGACCAGGCUUAAGACUUCUAGAUGGCCUGUUUUGUUUCUUCCACAGAUUGUGAUGCUCCACUCUGGCCUUUAGUCAGUUUUUUUCUUUCCUCACAUGUUAGGACAUCACUCGUAAAUGCAUCAAAAAAACGAUUCACCCAAAGCUUUUCCUAAUUAUCAAAUUUACUUUCAGACUUUAAGCUCCAUAGUGGAAACAGGCAGGGAUUCAGUCAGUAUUGUCCUUAACUUUGACUUAGAUAGUGUCUUAAUAAACACAAUGCGGGGCCAGUUAAUUUUGGUGAUUUUUGGUGAACUUGCCAAUAAAGUAUAUAUAAAAGAAAAAUAACAUUCAUUUAACCAUGAGUAGAUACAUACAUUGACUGAGCACUUUAUUAGGAAUGCCAACCAAUUGUGUGGCAGCAGUGCAAUGCAUAAAAUCAUGCAGAGCUUCAGUUAAAUGUUCACAUCAAUCAUCUGAAUAGGGAUAAAGUGUGAUCUCAGUGAUUUUGACCGCGAAAGAAUUGAGGCUGUUUUGAGAGCAAAGGGAGGCCCAGUAUUAGUAUAGAGUAAUAAUGUGUCAGUGAGAGUAUGUAAAUACCAGUCUUUUACAGUUUAUUUUUGUAGUUUUCUAUAAAUGUUCAUAUUUAGUGCCAAAUACAUGUGCAAAAUUGCUCCCCUUCAGCCCUAUUCACAUGUAUAAAAGAUGACUAACACUGGCUCAUUUGGUCAGGGCUGUUCCAUUUCCUCUGAAGUAAGCGGCCAUUUUGUUGGCAAUUACUGUGAUACCCUAAUGGUAAUACUUGCCUUUUAUGUCCCAGAAAUAAGGAAAUGUUAUGUGGUCAGUUCUCAUGGUGAACCAGGGUUUGGAGUAAGGGAGUGGGUUGGGGAGUUGGGUAUUUGGAAGGUGUCCAAAUCUGCUCAUGGGAAACAGAAUGAAUUGUAAUAUCUGUAAUAUCUUUAGUAAAAUUACUUGUUUGUGGUUUUGUAAAUGUUAAUGAUCAGACAUUUAUGCAAUACGGACACCAAAAACAUCCCGGACAAGGGGUUACUGUAAAGAUACUUGAACUGGACCAUGUAUGCUUUUUAUUUAUUGCAGUUUAAUAAAUAAUAAUAUGAAUAAAUGUAUUAUUAUAUAUUAAUAUAAGUAAAUAAUUUUGAUCUAAGUGUGUAGUACAGUGCACACUGGAUUUUUACAUUGUUUUCCUUCUCUUUUAUAUACUGUGAAUACUCUGGGACCCGGUUUUCAGUGGGCUUAUAAGUUCAUUGUUUUUAAACAAGGGGUGUUCUUGAACACAUAAAUAAACAUU